GAAGGGGAUGGCGUUUGGUUUGGUGUGGCUCCCAAUUAAACACGACCUCUUGUUUUUUGUUCAACUCUUCAACAUACAAAAAAGCAUACUUUAUCUAACCAAGAAACUAGCAUUGCAUGAAAUAGUUUUUCUUUUCAGCUAACAGCCUAAGAGGACAGGUUCCUUGGCAAAGAAAAUCCAUGAAAAUGGAGGUGUUCUGCAGUCCCACUUCUCUUUCAUGGACUCACUUCAUCUCUCCUUCUCUUCACAUCCCUCACUCUUUCUCUGUGGGUGAGACUAAUAAAUUCAGGGUUUUUGGUGGUGCUGCUCAGUCCCAGAAGGUUGUUGUAGGCAAAUCAGAUGACAGUAUCAGUGACAGGAGCUACUGGUUUUAUAGGUAGAAGAUUGGUUCAAAGACUGCAUGCAGACAAUCAUAAUGUUCGUGUCUUGACACGCUCAAGAUCCAAAGCAGAGUCAAUAUUUUCGGUCAAGGACUUUCCAGGAAUCAUAAUUGCAGAGGAGGCAGGGUGGAAGGAUUGCAUUGAAGGAUCAAAUGCUGUUGUGAAUUUGGCUGGAAUGCCCAUAAGCACAAGAUGGUCUCCUGAGAUUAAAAUGGAAAUUAAGCAAAGCAGGGUCAGAGUCACUACUAAGGUUGUAGAUUUGAUAAAUAAUUCACCUCAAGGAGUUCGGCCUACUGUGUUGGUUAGUGCAACAGCCGUUGGUUAUUAUGGCACAAGUGAAACACAAGUAUUUGAUGAGAGCAGUCCCUCUGGAAAUGAUUACUUAGCUCAGGUUUGUAGGGAAUGGGAAGGAACAGCGCUUAAAGUAAGUAAGGAUGUGAGACUAACUCUUAUUCGCAUUGGAGUGGUACUUGGAAAAGAUGGUGGUGCUCUAGCUAAAAUGAUCCCUCUCUUCAUGAUGUUUGCUGGAGGACCUUUGGGCUCUGGACAGCAAUGGUUUUCCUGGAUUCACUUGGAUGACAUAGUGAACCUGAUAUGUGAAGCUUUACGCAAUCCAUCUUAUAAAGGAGUUAUAAAUGGCACUGCUCCAAACCCCAUCCGAUUGUCAGAGAUGUGUGAGCAUUUGGGAAAUGCCAUGGGCCGACCAUCAUGGCUUCCUGUGCCAGACUUUGCCCUCAAAGCAGUAUUAGGGGAAGGUGCUUCAGUGGUUCUGGAGGGGCAAAAGGUGCUUCCUGCAAAAGCCAAGGAGUUGGGUUUCCCAUUCAAGUACUCGUAUGUGAAGGAUGCACUUAAAUCCAUUCUUUCCCAAGGCUAGAAGAUAUGACAUGCAUAUGCUUGCAUUGUAUUCUUUAUUUUUUGAUAGAGGGUUUAAGGAUUCUCCCAGCACCAGAGGAUCAGAGUUAAAAUUCUAAUACUGGAGAGAGAUUGUGAUUUACCAUAUGUCAUUCCCUUUGUUUCCCUAGAUUGUAUCUUCUAGCAAACAGUCCUUCAAAAGCAAGAGCUUUAUUGUAUGGCAGCAUAAUUGUAUGUGCUUGUAAAUCCCUUCCUUAACAUCUAUUGCUCCUGUGUUUAAUAUUUA